GCAUAGUCAUUACACCAAAUCCAAUCCAAUUCUAGUUUGGACUUGAAUUGUUUGCAAUUUCAAGCAGUUAAUGAUUUUGAUCGUUAAUCCAAAUCUAACGGUUCAAAUAACAUAAUAAUAAAAUAACUAUAAACGAUCUCGACUAUCCAUUUCUGAUCGGACGGUUCACAGCAGCAACCGCUGCAAAUCCAAUUCCAUUUUCUUAAGGGAUUAGCCAAGGGAGAUUGGGGUAAGGUUUCUGGGUUGUUUGUUGGAGUUCCUUUCUAUCCAUCAUCUAUUAUGCUAUGGAUACCCUUUCAAGGAUUACAUUCCUCUCCACUUGUUACACCUUUCAGUUCCCCAAAACUUGUGCAUUAUCUCCCCCUUUCUCAACUGCUUUUUCAACAACUACACCCAUUGUUUCAGCACUAAGAGCUGCUCCUCCUACUACAGUGAGUGAUGAUGAUGAAGAUGUCUUACAAAUAUUUUUGAAGGAGAGAGAAUUAAACGGGGAUUUUGUAUCAAGAACUUCUGAUUUAUUAUGGCAAAUGAAUUUCAGAAAUUCUGGUGAUUAUGAUGUUAGUAAGCUUACUAGCGACACUUCCCAACAAAUAGAGCAGAUCAUAGAGACUAACAGUGUCAGUGAUGGCGGUUUUUUGAAACUUUCAAGUACGCAAGAGUGGCUGUUAGGUGAUAAUUCCGCACCAAUAAACAAGAAGCUGACUGCAAAGAUAAUCCAGGACAACAGAGCAAGACUCAAGAAACUAAACAAGCUCCAAUAUCAAUCUCUCAAGAGGGAACUACUACUUCUCUCUGUGGGUAUUGGAUUGGCUUGUAGUGGAUAUUGCUUGAUAACUUUGUCAGUACAGGCUGCUUUAAGUUAUGCGAUUGGAGUCCUUUUCAGUUGCGUGUACCUUCAGCUCUUGUAUCAACAUGCAGACAGCAUAUCCAGUGAAACCGUUCCUCAAAUAUUCAUGAAAAAGAAGUCAAAAAAAAUUGGUAUAAGAAGUGAAGACCUUGAAGAUUUUUUGGAGAAAACAAUCAAGGGUAGCGGUAUAUCACUUUCAUCUCCAAGGCUUGUGAUCCCGGCGGCAAUUUAUGGACUUUGGGCUGUGUCUCAUCAGUAUAUUACUAGUGAUUUGUUUGAUUUUCAGCUUGUGCCAGCCAUGUUUGGGAUGUUUGUGUACAAGGCUGCUGCUUUAGUGCAAGUUUAUAGAGACAAUAAAGGGUUAGGCUUUGUAUUUCCAGAAGAUGAAUGAAGGCUCUAAGUGACUCAACUAUUUAUUUUGCUAUGCUCAGAAGAAUGCGCCAUACCCUACAUCCUCAAAUAUUGGAAAUAGCUAGUUGCAUUAUCUUGUACCGAAAUAAAUGUCAUAUAUAUAUUGAAAGAAUGGAAUAUAAUUUGAAAUGAUAAAAAAUGGCUGUUGAAGUUUUCCUAUGCAUGUGGUCGCUAACUAUAAUUUAGUUCAAAGAUGUAAAUGUAAGUUUGCAGUUGUUUUGCUUGGGUAUUGUUGUAUAUACAUUUAUUUAUGGCACCGUUUUUUGUAGUUUGACAA